AGUGUCUCUGAUGGCAUCUGUGUUUCAGUCACAACAGAAAUAAUACACCAUGGACUUUACCUGUCAGGUUGUAAACAGGUUGAAAUGCUGAGUCAUAUGUAGGACGUCACUAUUGCGCCUUUCUGUUUUAACUGUUGCCUUGUAGUCAAAUAAAUUUUUUUUCCGCUUGCUCCUGUCUCCUCCCCUAUUCCAAAGACAUGCAAGUCAGGAGGAUAGCAGGCCCUAAAUUGCCUGAAGGUAUGAAUGUGUGUUUUUCUUUUUCUAGUCCCAUGAUUGACUGGUGACUUUUUGUCAAGAGAGAUACUCUCCCCCUGCCUUUCACCAGUCUGUACUGGGAUUCUCUGCAGUUGCAGCUACGGUCAGCGAUAGACAAUAGGACAGUGAUGCAAGUAAAUUAAUAAUCAGGAGACGUAGUGUGACAUUCAAGUCGGUUUAUCCUUAUUUGGGUGAUUUACACUGGAGGGAAUUAAGUCAGUCAUCCAUGUGGCUUAUUUGGCGUAAACAAGACUAGUGUGAGCGAUCAUGUGAUUCCAGUCUGGCCUAUGAUUGGCACGGGAUUCCUGUCACAUGUCAGUCAGGAGGGGAGUCACAUGAUGAGAAGAUACAAAUACUGAUUCUUGGAACAAACAACCUUAUUUUUCAAAUUGAAUCAGGCACAUUCUGAAGGAUAGGCAUAUUUUGUUGGAUGGUAAGAUUAUAAUGCACUGCUGAGGCCAGGAUUAUAGUGUCAGAUAACAGGUCUGGUUGAACGGAAGCAUCAGACAUGAUAAACAAAUCUUCAAGUCAGGUGACAUACCGUGUUGUUCAAGUGACUGACCAGCACCUCGAGGGCAGAGAUGACGGGGGAGGAGCCGUGAGUGUUGUUUCUACAGCUGCCUUCGCUGGAGCUCCUCAAGCUGUGGCUCAGGCUGUGAUCCAGAACCCUUUCAGUAAUGGAGGAAGCCCAGCAGGAGAGGCAGUGGGAGGGGAGACGCGCUUCGCUUACUUCCCCGCAACCGCAGUGAGCGACGGGACUGUGUCUGUUCAGGCCGCCACGGACCCCACACUCACACAGGCAGGGGGUCAGUUUUAUGUGAUGAUGAGCCCACCUGAUGUCAUUCAGACUGGAACACAACGAACUAUCGCCCCACGCACACAACCCUAUCCUGCAGAUGAAAACAAGACGCUGCAACACGAAGGUUUAAACUGGAAAAUGGAUGGACCUCGAACACCAAGAGAUGAAAGGAGGAGAGCGCAACAUAAUGAAGUUGAAAGAAGACGAAGAGACAAGAUCAACAACUGGAUCGUGACUCUGUCCAAGAUCAUCCCAGACUGCAAUAUGGACAGCACUAAGACUGGAGCGAGCAAAGGGGGCAUCCUCUCCAAAGCUUGUGACUACAUUCGAGAGCUGAGGCAAAGCAACCAGCGGCUGCAAGAAAGUCUGAAGGAAGUGGAAAGGAUACAAGUUGACAAUGAGUUGUGCAGGCAGCAGAUCGAGGAGCUGAAGAACGAGAAUGCGUUACUGCGCGCCCAACUCCAGCAGCACGGCAUCGAGAUGGUGGGAGAGACCCCGCCUCAAUGAAACGGAGCCCAAAGGAGCAACAGGAGGAGGAGCAGCAGCACUACCGCAACCACUCAGACACAACCCACACCGUGGAAAAGACUGCCACAAGAUUUAUUUUUUUCCUGUUUAAAAAAAAAAAAAAAAAAAGGAGUCAUGAAGAAUCACUUUCUUUGUAGUGAAUGCAUCCUUCCUCGGGGUCCCAGGUUGCGAACCCUUCACUGGCCAAUUGUGGCUGUACUUGACUGUUCCAAUCCUAUUGAGAUAAACCACCCGUUACAGCUCAGUAGAAAAGUGCUCCAAGAAAAGAUGCCCACUCAACACCACCAGAGAGCUUUACUAGCACUAAGUAUGAAAGAAAACCUCUGCUGAACUCCUGUGUUCUGUAUUUAUGUAGCCUCACUCAUGGACUAUGAUGUUUGUCAUUUAAUUUUGUUCCCUGUAAGUGUACCCCACCCCCACCUUGUUCCCCAUCUCCAAUUGUUAUUAAUUUCAACUGAGUUAAUGCUUUUAUUUUGUUUGUUUUUUUAGUUCUGUAUUAAUAUGCUGUUUUUAGCUUCUUUAAUUUAUUAGUCUGCUCGCUGGCAAGAGCCCUGAUGGAGACCAGUUACAUUUAGUCUUUCGCACCCCAGAGAAGCAGAUUAAAUUUUAAGUGGGAAAAACACAUCAAAGCGUCGGGGAAAACACAAGUGUCGAGUCAGAAAUAACGCAGCGACACAUAACUCACCUAGUUCCACAGACAGAACAAACAAGGAGCCGCACUGACAUCUGGUUCUAGGAUGAUUUAUGUAAAAUACGACUCCUCGUGUUUUAAUACAGAUGUUACAGAAUGUCAGAGCAGUUGAUCUCCAGGAGUAAACAAUCAAUAACUCAUUAACUGAACAUCGACCGUUUCUCAAUAAUUACUAUGAAGUGUGUGCAAUCUAGAAGCUUGAUAUGAAAAGAAGUGGUAUACUUGAAAUGUCGGGCAUUUGCUAAACCAGGAAAAUGAUGAAGUCAAGAAAAUUAGGUACUUUUGGCUCAAAUGGACACGUUGACGAUAAAGCGUGAGUGGUCGUUUGGGGACAAGAGGGGAACUGGGUGUAAAUUCCAACUUUUUUGCCAAACUAAUGCACAGGUACCGUGGGUUUUACUGUCAUCUUAUUUUUUUCUUCUGUUCACCUGUGAUUUUUACCGGUGUCUCAAUACUUGUACGAAUAAUCCCCCACGUUUCAUUUCGAGCUGUUUGCUCUAUUUUGGUAUUGCAACACUUCAAAUGAAGCUCAUCGCACAAGUGGGGGAGGCACCCUGGAGAGGAGCACUCAGAAGACUCUCAGCUCACGACGGAAAAAAAGGAGCUCCACAGAAAAUUCUGCGGCGCAUUUCUUCUUAGUCGAGCUCAACCAGAUCCCCGUGAAAAAGACGGAAUAGUCGGAGAAAGUGGGGAGAAACUUGGAAAUGAUGUCUCGUAUUUCUCCCACUCAGGCGAACAUUAAGUAGACUGUAACCACUUGUACAAAAAAGAAGAAAAAACAAAAAAAGAAACCAAUAUUAACUUUGUUGAUGAUUUUUGUGAAUGAAUAUACAUGAUGUGUUUCUGUUCUACUUUGGGCAACGCAAAGGAAAGUGGAAGAGAGAGAGAUCGCACUUCAGAGAUAGUUAUUAGCUUCACCCUGUAUACGCAGCUCAGGAUCCAGCAAAGCAAAACCAACACUCAGACCCGUGGCAAAAUCAGGCACACUAUCACAUUUUAAUUUCUCGGACUGUAAGUUAACAGCUUGUGCUUUCAAAGUGCUGUUCUGCACUACUGCUAGAUUCCAACCUGAUAAUGGAUAGUGGCAAAGGUGUCUGAUCUAUCAAAAGAGGCUCCUAGCCAAAGUUUAAUGAUAGAUGUUUGCAGUAGCAUUUUUUUAAAUAUAUAUAAAUAUAUAUAUAUAUAUCUCGGGAAGGGGAGAGCACAGAAUGUGAAGAUGUGAGUAAGUGUUAUUAAAAAAAAAAAGAUGGGUGCUGAGAAAUGAAAGUCUUCAAGGUAAUACUUUUUCCCGUGUUGCUUUUUAUUGAAAUGGUAAAAGAAAGAACAAACGACUCCUUUUCACUCUGUAGCAGCCUCACUGUUCUCAGGUUAGAUUGUAAGACACCUUUUUCUACAUAAAAUGGUGGAAAAUAAAAAUUUCACUAGCUAAAACCCUGA